AGUUUCCCGAUUUUUGCAGUCGAACUCUCGGCCAUUUACAUUUACUUACUAUUAUUGUAUUGUGUAAAUGUAUUACUAGUAUGUAGCAGCAUGCUGGCCCAUAAGAAUAUUAUAUGAGUUUCAAUUAUUCUCAAACACGAAUCUGUUUUCCUGCUUCCGCGCGUUGAUUUGUGGUCCCCUGAAGCCAUCAAAUCCCUGAAGCCAUCAAAUCGAGGUUGUCAAAUUAGUCUGCCGAUGUUCAGUGUUAAGAACUCCCUGCAUGGCUGCAUGCCUAGUUACAAGGAAGUAGGAAAUGAUCAUGGACCGCAGUUGUUACAGCCUGUACUCGCACUGUGGAAAGCCUCGUUUGUACCGCGAAUACGCAGUACUAUAUCGACUUCUCACUAACAUGUCCCAUGGACGAGGGGCCCCGUCCACCACCGGAUCCGGCCCCUCCGCCAAGAGCAGUGUCGGAUCCGUCGCCAAAACCGCGAGUAAAGCGGGCGCUGCGGCCGCCGCUGCAGUAGCCGCUAAGACCGCCGCCAAGAAGUCCUCUCCUGCUUCGUCUGCCUCCGCCGUCCCGUAUCCCAUCGCCCUGAAGAAUGCCAUGGAAGAAUACAUCCUCAAAGUACUGGAUACCCCGGAAAAGCAGUUGGCCGCCAAGGUGGCGCUGGGAACGCUGGUGGGGGCGGCGGGGGCGGUUAUCGGAGUGAAGAUCUAUCGUAAGGUCAGGGACAGCACUAGUACCACUAUCCCUACGGUGACGACGCCUGAGGCGCAGGCGGCCAUUAAGUUCCACGGAGAAAAGAAAGCCCUGACGCCGGACACCAAGCGCUUCCGCUUUGAGUUGCCCUCGCAUAUGCACGUCUCUGGAGUGCCCGUCGGUAAUUUUAUCAUGAUGACAGUGACGAUUAACGGCAAAAGGGAGACGCGCUGUUACACUCCGAUCUCCGAUCCCAACGAGCGAGGUUUUGUAGACUUCGCAAUCAAGGUGUACCCGCCAAACGCUGCCAACCCCAACGGUGGCGUCGUAUCGCAGUUUAUCGAUAAACUGCAAAAGGGCGACGAGGUGUCCAUCAGCGGACCGUACGGCCUGCUCAGUUACGACAAGAACGGCAUAUUUAUGAUUAAAGCUAACGAGAAAGCCGCUCCUGAGUCGAAAGAAAUCAGGCGAAUCGGCAUGUUAGCCGCCGGUUCCGGGGUGACCGCAAUGAUUCCCAUAUUACGAGCCAUGCUGAAAGAGAGCCUGGAAGCACCAAAAUGUUCGCUGGUGUACAGUAAUCUGACAGAUCAAGACAUAAUAUUAAAGAGCGAGCUGAAUUAUAUGGCUUCCAAGUACCGGAAGCGCUUUAAGCUGUGGUAUCUUGUGGAUAAACCUACUAAUCCCAGCCGAUGGAAGUAUGGUAUCGGCCAGAUGUCGGAAGAGUGGCUGAAGGACUGGAUGCCCAAAGCGGAGAGCGGUGUUUUAAUAUUAAUAUGUGGUCCGAAGGAGAUGGCGGACAACUGCAAAAAAAUGCUAUCCGGCCUUAACUACACCAACGAUAUGAUAUAUGUCUUUUCCGCCCCAUAGUGUGCAGUUGCAGACAUUUUAUUUUUUACUUGUUGUUAUUAAGUUGUGUCUGAUGUAGUCGUCGUGGUGGCUGUGUGUGUGUGCGGUGGGAGUGCUUCGUCAUCGGAGACAAUGAGUGCGUUGGGCUGGCAGCAGGGUAAAUUUAACCGUUUCAGAAUGAUAUUAGUUGUGUGCAGUUCUUGUUGUAAAACUGGACGAAAAUGUUGCAUUGAUAAUAACUUUUAUCAACCAUAA